AAUUGACCCCGCAUCUCGGAACCCUGUAACCCCGACUAACUGUACGUUCCUGACUCGGGAUGCUGGAGGGGGUAGCGAGACGCCGGUGCGGUUGCCCUACGCGGGAAAAAGCGUAAACUGCGAGAGCGAGUCGGCGCGUAGUUAUUGCUUCUUUAGGCUUUGGUGCGCGCGCGCGCUACGUUAGUGCAAUCUAGUUUGCGGACGCGCUUCGAAGUCGUCGUACGUAUACAUACACGCAGAUAUAUCUCGCUCAGAGCCGAGGAAAGGGUACAAUAAUUAUCACGUAGUUGGGCAGUGCCGCGAUAAAUAUCGCCUGUUCCUAGCGCCGUUACGUAACCCGUUGCACAGGGCAACCGUUUGGUCCCUGGGUCCAUUCAUCGAACAGACUCCGAUUCCUCGCAUCAUCAGGAAUUCAAAGCAAGCCGGACGCGUCAGACACGCGCCCCGAGAUACGGAGUUAGGUAGUAAGAGGGGGGAAUUGAAAUGCGUAGAUCACCGCGUGGUGUACUCAACAGUUUUCGAUCGCCGACCACGACGACCGCAGCAGCAGCAUCAGGUAGUCGAAACGCGGAGCUGUCGAAACACGCGGAUCGCGUCCUAAAAGGACCGGAGAGCAUCAGCAGCGCCCAGCUUUUAGAUUCAGCCGCAGUUGGCUCGAGUGCGCCAGUUCAACGGGUUGCCAGUGUCGGGAAAACCGUUCGUUUUUUGUCGUGUCGCGGUGUGAAGAUAACUGAAUACGUGAUUUGAAAUAAAACGCGCGACCCGCUUUGCCGCGGUAUUAAAGUGCCCCUUGUGUUACUUGUGCCGAUCUCACCCUCCUCAACGGACAACCGACCCGACGGGUCCACCUCAACGGAAGUCUCAUCUAUCAGAGAAAUCGAGUUAUGGCGGACCCUGAGAUCGCAGCCUUCGCCAGCGUGCAGGCCCCGCUCCUAGUCUGCGGCAUAUCGAUAAUACUGGGUGCCAUCGGUCUCGUCGUUGCCUACCUCAUCAAUCGACCCAACGAACGUUCAGAGGGAGGCUCAAAGACCGUCGAGAACUCGACGAGCACCUGCAGCAGCCAAAAAGAGACUGUUAACGAGCCAGUCGGAAACGUGACGGCAAAACGCGGGAAAAAUAAAAAACGACGCGAAGCUCAGCAGGAGUUUACACACUCCUGGAUGGUUGGCGCAUUGAAGGGUCACACUGCGCCUGUCCUGGACAUGGAUUAUGCCAGCAACGGGAAAUUCCUCGCAAGCUGUGCCGAAGAUUGCGACUUCGCCCCGGAAGAACUGGACCCAGGCGGUGACUGUGGCGGCGACGGCGACGGGGAGGAUGGGGUCCCCAUCAUCGGCGGGGAGUCUCGAUCGGAGUGCAGCGGAUCUUUACCCGUAUCAUCGAGAAGUAAACCCGGAGUCGGGGACGUCGCGUCGCCAACACCGGCCAAACGAAACCGGAAGAUCCUGAGCCGUCGACAGAGGAAAAAUCGAACUAGAACGCCGCGGGACGUGGAAGUGGCAUCCCCGAUUGCCUCGAGCAGCAACAGCAACAACAGCAGCAAAAACAGCAGCAACAGCAGUAGCAGCAGCAGCAGCGGUAGCAGCAGCGGUAACAGCAGCGGCGGAGAAACUUCCAGCGGAAGUCCAAGCAGCACGCCUCCGGGGAUCCGGAGAAAUCGUCCGUCAGGCGCAACUGACGCUGGUGGCGCUAGCGGCGGUGGCGCUGCCGUCGGUGGGAGAAACGGGAACUGUGCCUUGGGGAAAAACCGAAAGUCCCAAGCCGGCCAAGCCGAGGACCAUCACGACGCCAGCAAACUCUACGCGAAGCUCAACCUCCGCGACGCGGAAAUCGAGGCACUCUUGCGACACUACGUCAUCCCAUACGAUCAGCUCAUCGCCAUGGGCUACCCUAUCGAGGGGGCCGAAUGCCCCGGUCGCGCGAUUAUAUUCAAAGAUGAAAUCAACUUCCGGGCUCCUCCGAACCUCGACGCCAACGCUCGAGAAUUCGUCCCGGCGCGGGGUAAGACUUACAGCGAGAUCGCCGCCUCCUGGACUGCCGAGAGGGCUGACAGGGCCGAGCGCAGCGAGGACAGCGGACACUGCAGCGCCAGCUCACUCGAGAGCUCGGACGUGGAGCCGGAGAGCUCGGACUGCAGCGACAAGGCCUCGGACAUUGCGGACGGCGGUUCGCCGUUGGGAAACUCGUCUUCUUCGGCCUCGUCGUCGUCAUCGGACAUCGCCUACGGCGGGCUGGAACGGACAUGCACCAGGUGCUCCAGGGGCUUCCAGGUGAGCUGGGACACUGGGGAGUACCUGAGCACCGAGCGGUGCGUAUAUCACUGGGGGAAGCUCAGCAAUCGGAAGUGGGCAUGCUGCGGUGCGGGGGAAGUUGCCGGAGGAUGUACUUCCGCGAAAUUUCACGUCUGGACCGGACUUACUCCGGGGAUAAACGGACCCAUUGGAGGUUAUGUGCACACAAGGCCGAAGAAGACGCCGCCACCUGACAGAUGUUACGGUAUAUACGCACUAGACUGCGAGAUGUGCUUCACCAGGAACGGUCUCGAACUCGCUAAGGUCACGGUUGUAGGGAUUGACGGGAAACUUGUGUACGACACCCUCGUCAAACCCGAGGCUGAGAUUAUUGACUACAACACAAGGUUCAGCGGCAUCACGGCUAAGGAUUUGGCACGAUCGCCGAAAUCGCUUCGCGACGUGCAGAGCGAUAUUAUGGGAUUCGUUAACGCCGAUACUGUUCUCAUUGGUCACGGUCUCGAGAACGAUCUCAGAGCACUUAGGAUUUUUCAUUUCACAUGCGUCGAUACCGGUGUAGCAUUUCCACAUCAAUUUGGACUGCCCUUUCGGCGCAGUCUCAAAUCAUUAGCUAGGGCGUUGCUUAGACGCGAUAUUCAAACCGGUCACCACGACUCGCUAGAGGACGCAAGGACUGCCGCUGAACUUAUGCUAUGGCGGCUACGUCGUGACCUGACCGAUCGCAUAAUCUCUCGGUAAUUUAAAUUAUAUCUUACGUUUACGGUUCACCGUCGACGUAUACAGAGGAAACGCGCGGAUAUGGACUUGGGAAUAUUUUUAAUUUAUUUUCAUUUUCCUUUGUCAAUGAUGAUGAUCUUUUUUUUCACGUUUUUUUCGAUUCCCCUUGAAAUACUGAGAUAGCUAUAAACGCGCUGCAAUUACUGUGAUACCUACAUCCCACCACCAUCCCUCAUUAUAUCAUUAUCAUCCCGUCGUGUUUGUACGCUAUAACGUUAUAAUGUAUACUUGGAAUUAUAAUGUACGGAGAGGAAAGCGUGAAAUUUGACAGUCUGACAAUGAGUGAACGACUGCGCAUGCGCGAAGUAAUUCAACUCUGUUGGUUGACGAGGAUAUAUACUCUGAAUAUUUUUGUCUGCAAGGCAGGGGAGCCAACCGCGUCGAAACGAGGAAUGAGAUAUCAAACUGCCGCAUCGAACGGGGAUUGAUCCUAAAUUAUAUUAUUGUGGCUCGCAGCAUUUCAUUAGUCAUCAAUCGGUUGACGAUGAAAGUUUGCCUCGCAUUUUUCGAAUCACUACACGUACAUAACCUCCAUACGUCGCG